UGCUGAAACCCAGGUGAGCUGAGAUGGGUGGGGCUUGGCACAAUAUGUGAGCUGUCAGUGGAACCAACAGGGCAGGUACAACAAGCUGUUCGUUUGCAUAAAGACAGUUCAGAUCCACACCUUAGUUCUGCUGCAGAGAGUACAGACACAAAGGCUGACUGAAGAGUUUAACUUUGUUUCUGUUUUAAGCUGUUUCUUUAAGGUGCAGGGCGCUGCACAGGAUUUCAUUUCAUUUACCAGUCAUGAAGUAAGUCUGUUUAUGAACUUUUGUUUUUCAUCAUAAUGUUAAAGGAUUGCUAACUGAAGAAGUCACCACAUGCCUUGUACUGUUUACCUAGACUAGUUGUGGUGAUUCACACCUGGUGGACAGGUUUUUGAUUUUGUCACAAAGUGAACUGCUUGUUCUCACUCAAUGAGUAUCUGUUGCUUCAUCAUAGUUUAGUUUUUAGUCUGAACAGCAUGUUUAACAGUCACACAAUUUGUCCCACUGAAGGUAAAGGAGAGGCCUGUUGCGCAUAGAGACUCUAGAGGGGAUCUGGCACCUAAUGGAGUCCAAUCUGUCCUGCCUGUCUUCACUGAAAGAAGAAGACAAUGUGGUUUACAUCCAGCCACAUUACAAAGAAUCCUACCGCCUGGCCAUUUAUGCCCUCCUCUGUGGAGGCAAAGAGGCAUACGAGGAGUUCCUCCGAGCCGAGCAGAUAAACCACUUUCUAUCAGAGAAGGAGAUCCUGUUCAUUUUGGAAAAUGCCGAGUUACCAGUGGUGGAGGAGGAAGACUCCUCUGAGGGGAAACGGGCCACAGACGAGGUCAGACCCUCCACCUACUUCCCAACCGAGUCGGACGAGGAGGUGCCCGACCUGGACCUGGGCUGGCCGGAGGUGUCGCUGGAGGACAUGGACACCAGCAUCAGCCUGCUGUUCCACCCGCCCAGACAAAACACUCCGACAAUUAAAGAAGUGGUUCGCAAGCAGAUACAGGAGGCGAGGAAGUUUAUUGCCAUAGCGAUGGACGUGUUCACUGAUGUCGAUAUUUUCAAAGAGAUCAUCACUGCCACGUUGAGGGGAGUGGUAGUCUACAUCCUCCUGGAUGAAGCCCAGUUCAAGAGUUUCCUCACCAUGUCACACAGGCUGGGCAUCAACAUUCAAGACCUCAAGAACCUUCGUGUUCGGACGGUUCAGGGUCAGCAGUAUCAGUGUCAGUCCGGGGUGAAGUUCCAUGGAGAUUUGGAGCAAAGAUUCCUUAUGGUGGACUGCAGAACAGUGAUGUAUGGAACAUACAGCUACACAUGGUCGUUUGAGAAGAUCAACCUCAGCAUGGUCCUGGUGAUCACAGGUCAGCUGGUUGGCUCUUAUGACGAGGAGUUUCGAAGACUGUACGCUCGCUCCUCACUUCCUGUAGUUCUGUCCAGGGAGAAGUCAUCUGUCCUGUACCUAAGAGACACUGUGGGCCUGAAGAGACCAAAUUCCAGCCAGCUUUCCCUCCACCAAAUUCACACGAGACCCAAAGUAAUGCAUGGCAUGAGGAGUGCUCAGGAUGACAGGUUUAACAAUGCCGCCAUGAUGACCAGGGGCCUGAGCAUGCAGGAGAGACUGCAUCAGUCUCACUGUUUCGACAUGGGGGGGAAUCUGCUGCGGGGACACAGCUAUGGCGGAGAACUGCAGAAUUUAAACUCCAUGACUCGGCUAAGGAUGGGGACCAAGAACAUCGGAGUCCCUGUUGUUCCCGAGAAGACAGGACCUAACGUGAGGGGGGGCGGUGACUCGCUGCUAACAAACAGGAUGUCUCAGCAACACAUUAGGCACCAGACUCGCUAUGGAGCGGACCAGAAUCUGAUACCGUUCAACUCUGAAACGUCACUCAACAGGUGGAAGAUAGACACAUACUUUAAUGACAGCAACAUGCCUCUAGAUGCAUCAUACGAUGCGUUAUCCCCUAUGGCAUCGCCGUAUAGUAGCCACACAGGCUUAAACGAGCAUCAGUCACAGCUGAUUCACAACAGGUCGAGGGACAUAAAGUCCAGGAUGGAGGAAAUGAGGCAGAAGAGGCUCAGUCUGCAGGAGUACAGCAAUCUCAGGCAGAGCCAAGAGUCUUUGAGGUCUAUGUAUCCGACUACGGAAAGACCUAAAUUUGUGCCUCUAUUAAGAGGUCUGGACAUGUGCCAGAGCGUGGCAGAAUUAGAGCCAAAUACAGAAAACGGUUGCAGCCUGGAAACAGCCAAUCCCAGAGAGAGUGAGCCAAAUAAGGGAGGAAACAAAAGAGAGCAAACUUUCACUGAUGGCCACCGCUCUGCCUCUCACUACGACGUCACAAUGGCUCAAGAUCGAAAGACAACACAGACGUACGACUGGCACGAGCCCCUUUCCAGGACAACCUCAGCUGCCGAUUUAGAUAUGAAACUAAACGAUCCAUCACUUAAGCUAUCUCAUUUGCAUCCUAGCGGUCUCCAACACCCAAGAGCGAUGGAGUCUUUGACUGAGAUCCCUGAAGAGAAAGAGGGUUCACGUGUCAACAGUUCGGACUUAGCUGCAUUUAAAGAUGAAAAUGAGGAGAUUCGCAAAGACAAGGAAGCUGUUCCAAAGGAGAACACUGUUAAAACCAGCGUACCGGCUGAAUCACAGCGCCAGGAUCAAGCCAGAGGAAGACGUGGUUCUGUAGGUAAGGCAGCCAACAGCUCAGGCUCAGCUGCUCCAAGAGAAGGAAUGAAAUCAAUAUCCAAAGAGAUACAAACUGUCCCAAAACUCUUAAACACUUUUACAGGACCUCAGCAUGCCGUCGAAGCUAAGAGUAGUCACAUGGAAACACAAACACAGCAGGAGGAACCGCCCCUUCAGAGGAAGAAUUCCUUGAGAAUGAAAGUAUAUUCGAUGCUUUCCCCAGACGAAAAGAAAGCAUCUAAAAAAGACGAGAAGUCGCUCCAAAGAAAGGCCUCACUGAGAUCGUCGCAGAAUCCCUCAGGAUCAAACCAACCACUCAGAGCAGACCAUUCACAGGCACCUCCGCCAGAGCAAACAACAAAGAAAGGUCAGUCGCCGAGCACCUCCAGGUCGCAGAGCUCUCUCGGCAGUCAAACAGAGACAGAGAAGCAUAAAUCUCCAUUCCAAAGACUGUCUCCUCUGCGUUCAAGCAAAAAAAAAAAUAAUCUAGCAGGAGAGCCGGACCGAGGCUCAAGGAACACUCUAGACAACGAGGGAGCGACUGUCAAUCACCCCAGAAAAGAGAAAGUCUACAGUCGAUUUGAAUAUUAUCUUAGCGCUGACAGUAUUCCUCAGGAUAAAUCAAUGACAGGGGCAAGCAUGUUGCCCUCAGAGAAAGACAGAGGCUCUUCCCCGAACAAUCAUGACUCUGGUUAUCCAAUGUAUGAGACACAAAGUGGCACUGACAACAAACUGGGAAGAUUCAUGCAGCGAGUAGGAAAUCUAAUAGGAAAGAACAAGUAGAGUUGUAGGAAAAGAGGAAGGCCACCGUGCUGAAGAAUAAUCCAUGUUCUGUUUAUUGAUUAAUUUAGGUUCCCACACAGAGACACAGAUGCUGUAUGUGGUCAUCUCUGCAGUAUGCUACGUUUUUCUUUUGAUAGGUUUGAUAAUGUAGCUAAGAUCUUAUCAGGGAGGAAGCUGGGUCGAUAUGAUAAUACCGGUAAGUCAAGGUGUUUACAGAUGAAGUUAUAGCAGGAUGAAUAUGACAGUAGCACUUGCAGACACAGAAAAAUUUGUUAUCAAGUGAGUUGAAUCGUGUGAAAAGGCAUCUGUCUUUAUAUUGAAAGUGUUUGUUCUUUUUGAAAGUUAACUUAAAGGAUAAGUCUGGUGAGGCUUUUUAGUUUGCCAUGAAAAGACCAAUACCAACAGUGAAUGUAGGGGGACUGAACGUCCAGAAAAAUUCGGGACAGUAAGGAAUUACAAGCAGUUGUCCAGAGUCCUGUCCUGUUUGUCCCAAAAAUUAGGCCAAACCUGAGUUUUGAUUAGUUAUAGCCUGAUAAAACAUGAGAUACUGAUUAUUUUGGUGUUGCCCACAGAUGGGCAGUGUUAUAUCUGUAGCCCAUAUUCAUUAUGGCUGUUGUAGUUUUUUUUUAGCCGUGUACAGUAGUCCCGCGAAUUGAUAAACAAAUAGCUGCGAUGCAUAGCUAUGACGAAUGUUGAAUUAAAAAGAUUCCGCAGGGAAAAUAAACCAUCCAUCACUGACAUGGAGCCUGGUGUCCCAGGACCUGGUGAACAGCCAGCCAAAAAGAAAAAAACGUUUCAGCAGGUACCGGGAGGAGUGGGGAGGGAAAGACCUGGGAUCAUUGCUGCCUUACGAGACCCAAACAAAGCGUUUUACAAAGACUGCAUUAAAGAAGGAAGUCUUGAGUUGGUUUUGGUCUUUUCAAGGAAUUUGUUGACAAUAAAAAAUAUAUAUAUAAUAUUGCCAACCUCAUCCUUUAAUGUGUUUUUGCAUUGUCUUAUUUGUAAAAUGUAGUUUUCUCACUUGGCUUGAUUUUGUCUUUUGAUGAUUUUGACAUGGCUACAAGAGUUCAGUGGGACUUAAUGAUGAUAUUAAGAAGUCACAAAGUCAAUGUGACUCCAAGUUAAUGACUUUACAUAUGUCACCGUGAACAGCUUUCGUUGGAUCUUCUUUCUACUGAAAAUAUAGUUCCGUUGAAAACUGAUCACAGUGAAGUCUGUUGAAGUCUUAUCGUUACUGCUGUUGAAAAUGUGUAUAUUUAGUUUUUAAAUGCAGAUGGCAGCACUAUCAAAAUCCUGUUCACCUCCAUUGAUUUGGUGUUGCAGCAGAACUUUCAGAGACAGAUAUCUCAAAAUCUGGGCACAUAAACCUGAAGUUAUCUGCAUGGAUAGGUACCACAAGGGGUAAGUCAGAACAAUAUGUAUUUUGAAGAGAGUGAAGAUUUAUCCUUGACCUUGGAAACCAGCAGUUUAGAAAACAGUCAAGGUCUAUUAUAGCUGCUCUGGAGCCUUUGAUAAAAUCAGCAGAUAGAGUUUGCCCAGUUUUCAUGUAAUAUGUUAAAAUAAAACCUUUCUGGGGAAAGCAAACUUCAUCUGCUGAGGAAGAUCAUGAUCAAAAGCUCCAGAACAGCAACUAAUUGGACCUUGAGGUGAGAUUGUUCGAAAGUCUUUUUUGUAAACUGGGUGAAACAACACUUUUUCUAUCUAUUUAUGUGAUUUUUCACAGUCACGUGAAAAUGUGGAUUGCAGGUUUUUACAUCUGGAAUAUAAACUGUAAAUAAAAGCAUACAUGUGAAACAAUGCUUA